ACUACGCAGGGCCCGGCCGGUACCCACCAAGUUAAACCAACUGAGGAAGUGUCGGGCCGUAGGGGCUUCAGCCCUUCGCUGCCUGCCGGUGACCAUGGCAGUGUUUCACGACGAGGUGGAGAUCGAAGACUUCCAAUAUGAUGAGGACUCGGAGACUUAUUUCUACCCCUGUCCGUGUGGGGACAACUUCUCCAUCACCAAGGAAGAUUUGGAGAAUGGGGAAGACGUGGCGACGUGUCCUAGCUGCUCUCUCAUUAUAAAAGUGAUUUAUGACAAAGAUCAGUUUGUGUGUGGAGAAACAAUCCCAGCCCCUUCAGCCAACACAGAAUUAGUUAAAUGCUGAAGAAAUCCAAAUUUGGAACAGUCGGGAAUGAACCAAGAUGGAAACAUCAAAUACACGGUUACAGCUUCUUCGCUGCGACCAUCAUUUGUGGUUUGCUGUUAAGAGUAUGGAUUCUUCCCAUCAGCUGCUCAGUUUAUCUUUAAGAAGUGAGUCCACAACAUGCCAUACUUGGAUUUUGUGCUUAGAAAUUUGAAUUGGAAAUGUUCUUAAUUACCCAUCUGUAUUUAAAGGACAAUAAUUUCAAAUCAGUGCUUUCCUUCCUUCAGUUUCAUCUUUUUUUUUAUCUUGAACCUGAUUAAUAUUUGAUCACAAUAGCAACUACCUCAGUCAUUAGGAUUCCUUAAUGAAAAGAGAGAUUGUAUUUUUGACUUAGUUAUCAAGAUGAUUAAAAUUAGUUCUUCCUUUGAAAUUUGAUAUCAGCUUUGCUGUUCCAAAUUUAAAAUUAGUUGUUUUUUCUGUACUGCCCUUCCAGCUCCUGUACCACAGUAGUCUCCUCUGUCUUGCCAUUACCAGAAUGUUCAUGUCUGUUCAGCAUGCCUUUUCUGUUACACCUUAGUGCGCAGAGUUUGGUCAUGGUAUUAAAGAGAGAAUACAGUGAGGUCACAGUUUUGCCAGAGCUAAAAGUUAGUGAACAGGAAAGAAGAAUUUCAGAGUGAAAGGAUCAAAGAAUAUGGAGUUUCCUUAUAUUCUGUAUCUUCCUUAGCAGGUAAGACAAAAAGCAAAGCAGAUGAAGGAAAUAAAAUUGGUAACAGAAAGAGAGAAGUAAAAUUUGCCAACUUAGUAAGUGAAUUACUGAUUUUGUGUUUGUUUGUUGAGGCUGAUGAAACUGCAUACCAGAUAGGGUUAAUGUCAAGUCUUUAUGGCAUGCUGGUACCAGUGCUUUCAGCAUAUUACAAUAUCCUGUUACUACUCGUAAAAGAUAAAACAUCUACAACAGAGAAUGAACUUGAAAAUGGGAGUCUUGUUCUGAAUUAUUACACCUGUGAGGAUACAUGGCAUAGCAAGCCUUUAUAAUGUGCAGCCAAACCAGAGGUUCAUUCCUGCAGAGAAAUGUUGCCCUGAAGAAAAGGAAACAUAAACAUAAGCUAUCAGUCUUCCUUUGCUGCAGUGCUAAGAGUAGCAAGAAAUUAGAAUGAAUUACAUGGAAUUUGAAAAUUCUCUUUAUAUGCAACUUUGCUGUGUAUGUAUAAAAUUUUUUAAAUUCCCUGAUGUUGUGGCAGGUUGUUUUGGGAAUGGCUCCUGCAAUUAGGGAGAAAAAUAGCUUGCUAGAACGUGAGUAUUUUCUUACUGGUUGGUAAAGGUGCAGCACACUCAUUGGAGCUUUAAAUUGGAACGAGUGGCCUUUUUACCUGCCAGCAGCGUGACUUGUGUAGCUAUGAGGCUGAGAUGUAUUAAGUCACCAAAAACUGAAUACAAAAAGUGCAGGGUACAUUAUAUGGCAUGUUGUUGAUGUGAUGAGAUAUCUUACUGCUAUUUGAGUCACUGAUACCCCAGAAGUAGUCCACAACUGCUUUGCAAAAGCAAAGUGACUGCUCAGAAGAACAGAGCAUGGUACUUGCCGACUAUGGGCAUAAGCUAUAGAGAGAAAUGAACUCUCCCAUGCUCAUGUUGAUAGUUUUCUAGAUAUCCUAACAUGUUAGCUUUCUCUGCUGAUGAGAAAUUUCAAACAAGGACAGACAUUCUUGAUGUAGGUCUGCUGUGAGCAUAAAAGAACAGGGAGAAAACUUAACAAAGUUCAAGCAUCCCAGGAGAAAAGAAGCAUAAAGUGAUUGGUGAUAAUGCGGUAGCAAUGGGAAUGAUUUUUUUUUUUUUUUUUAAGCAAUUGAGUCACUAAGUUUGUGAACUACAAAAGAACACAUCAGGAUUUAAUCCUGGGUUAAGCAGAAAGUAAAACAGAGUCUUUCAGACAUGAUUGAAGUUCUGUGUGGCAUGUAUGUCUUAUUUAUCCUGAGACACUUCUGGGACAUCUUUAAAAACUAAUUACUAAUCCAGAUGGCCUUGUAUUAGCUUUGUAGUCUUUGGCAAGACCAGUAGAUUCUUCAUCUCUACAGUUAGGAGACUGGAUCAGGGAUUUCUCAGCUGUCAGUUCUCUGAUUUUAGGCUUGGUAAUUUAGGGGAACAGAAAUGGCAAUUGAAAAAUUUAUAAACAAACUAUCUAAAUCAUGAAUUAUAGAGAAAGACACUCCAUUCUUCAGUAACUUGGUGUUACCAUCCUGAGUGUUCUGAAAAUUAUGAAGUCAACUAUUUAAAUAGAUUCUGCAUAGACUUCAGUAUCACGUUGAGACAGGGAACUGGCAGGUACUGCCUUUGAGUGUUACUGCAGCAUUACCUAAUUGAGUUGGGAAGUCUGAAAGUGUGAAAUUGCCCUGAUCAAAAUAGGUUAGGAGGGGGCAGGGCAAGUUCCAACCAGUUAAAACCAAGAUGGUGGAAAAACAUCAUCCCUCUAUGAUUAUUCCUCCCCUUGUUUAGUCUGUUGCUUAAAUAGACAACAGGAACCAGGGGCCAGUUCUUUUCUGCAGGGAAAGCUAUCUGCUCUUGUCUGUGGAGUAGACUUUCUGUGUUUCUACCACGGGGCUUGUUCUCUUCUGCAGAGAGAACUGCCUCUGCUCUGUCUGUAGAAUAGACGGCCUAAUAGUGUCCUAAAGGUGCCAUACAUAUGUACAACAUAUACAUAGAGGGAAAAGGGGAAAUUGUAGCUAAAU